AGGAUGCUGAUCUUUUCCUGCCAAAGACAAAACCAAUAUUUUCCAAUUUGAUCCCCUCCUGGUAUUUUGGGGCUGCAGUUCCUCAGCCAUGUCCAAUUCUAGUUGCUUCUAUUGAUUAAAUAUAGGUUGGAAGGCAGGUUCAUUUACUCAAGGCGGGAGUGAAAUGCAGCCUUUGGACUCAGAGAAAGCCUUAAUUAAGAUCACCCACUGCGACAAAGACAUUUUUGGCUUCUUUGUUCCUGAGAACUGCCCAUUGUGUGGGCAGAGGCUGAUUUACAAAAGUCUGGAAGAAGCACCUGUCAGUAUCCCUAGCCCAUUUGUUAAUGGACACCGAGAAAGAUGUUCUUUUUUACUGAAGCCCACUGCAGGAACAUUUCUAAGAGAUUAUGAUGGCGAUUCUGACCUUCAUGUUGGAAUAACCAAUACUAAUGGUUUGGUGUACAAUUACAAUGAAACUGGUAUUACCAUAGCUGAAUAUGGAUGGGAACAAUGUGUGAGCAUUCCAUUAGUGCAGCCUGAUACGUAUGGCCUCCUUAAACAAUGGGAUACUUACCUAGAACAAUUUUCAGCAGCAGAAAUUUGGCUUCCACACAGGUAUGAAGAAUGUUUCCAUAAUUGUUACACUUAUGCACUAACAUUUAUUAAUUGUGUGCUGAGUGCCCAAAAGCAACAGCAAAUGAAUAAAAAUGAAUUUACAGAGAAGUUUGUAAUUCCGCGAACAAGAAAAGCUUCCAAAUAUAUCACCAUCUACAAGGAAAUAUGCAAGACUGGAUUUUACGUUGUUGAGCAUCCUGCUCCAAAAGGCAGUACUUCCACAAAUGCCAUUUCGCUUUAGAAUGAAGCAUUUAUUGACAGUAAAUGAAACUAAAAUAAUCAGGUUAAGACAUAAGGCAUUGUUCCUAUCCUGUUGUAAGGAAAGUGGAAAACAUAACUAACAAAUUUAAUUGGAUGGAAAUUGAAGAGAAUAGUGAGAACUAUUUCCUAUUAUUAAUAAAACUGAAACACAAUGUAAUCUUUCUAAUAACCUUUCUACCUGUCUAAAUGAUAAUAUUUAGCAUUACCUUAAUAAAGACAUUGAUAUGAACCCUAAGAAUCUAUGAACACAAAAAAAUAUUCAUGCUCAUCAUGAAGAAACAAAGGUGGAUCCUUCUUUCUGUUGGAAGUGGAAGGCAAUUUUUAGUAAUUCCGCUUUCCCUACUCUAGACAGCAUUAUCUAGGAAAAACACUGAAAUCUCUCCUCUUUCUGUGGGAAUGUCCAUGAAUGGGGA